CAAACACCACCUAGCGGUCGACGUACCGAGCUCACAUCGACGUCCCGCUCGCUGACGCCGCGCAUUUACGGACAUAUCGUCCAAAUAUGGCUUCGCCGGCCGCAUCGUCACAGACUCGAGCCAUGAGAGCGGGCAGAGAUUCUGUUCGGCUUCCCAAGCGAAAGACCAGAAACAGCGGAGAAACUGAGAAGGUGCCGCAACCCCGGAAACGCAGCAAGAUCAGUGAGGAGAUAUUUACCACGGUCACAAACGGUGAUGAAGUUACAAAUGGGUAUUUGACAAAAACUGGUGGUGAAAGGAGGGUAAGCCAUCAAGCACUUGCUGUAGGAAGGGUGAAGAGACAGUCAAGCAAUUCGUACAAACAGGCCAAGCCAGAGGGCGGCCAGAUUUUGAGCAAGACGGAACAGUACACGAUCAAGCAAUUACCUGGUCUACCAGACAACAUACGCAAAGACACAGUGCCAUUUCGCGCAUUUUUCCAAUCGCUCUCACAGUCGCUACAUGAAGUUGUCGUCGCAACGUUCAGUAAUGUGCUUAUAUGGGACUACAACUCGACAAUCACAUCUCCUGUACCCACUACCGUUCGCCUACCAGAAACGCUCAAGUCAAUACCACUGGCGGCCGUCGUGCCCAAAAGUGCUACCGCUGCAUCCACAGACUCGGGCCUGGUUGUGGUAUGUCCUAAUACCGGAAAGGUUUGGUACUGGGAGAGUACCGAUAAUGCGACCGCAUAUCAGACGUAUUCACGGGCUUUGAAGGUUAAUGAGGGCCAUAUCAAAUUGAUGAGCGGAGAGCUUGUUGAAAGAAUGGUCAAAGUCGAGCAUGGGGGAUACGUUCUAGUCCUGAGCAGCGGAAGGCUGGCGUAUCUUAGCCUCCAAGAUCGCAAUAGCCGUCCAGCGGUUGAGGUGUCUAUGCUCAGCAACGACAGUCAGAACCAGGGCAGCUGGUUUGGCAGCUUUAGAGCUACGCUGAGAGGUGCCUGGCGUAACACUGUUGCUGCAGUUAGAACAAGAGCAAGGAAUAAUCGUUUUGAGACAAUUGCGUUAACCCAGGAAGGUUUGUUAAAGGUUUGGGAUGUCGAAUAUGAUGGUUCUGCGGCCUUCAAGCAUCAAUUCGACAUUUCAAACGAACUGAGGAGUGCCUUGGAAGACAAUGAUGUGAUCGAGAAGGACGCGAAAACUUCUAUCACUGUCAUUGAUUUCACUAUGAUUUCGAAACCGAGCUCCGCUCUUGCUCGCCAGCAAGACGCAAACUUUGCACUUGAAACAGUAGUUCUUGUCAGCUUCAGCGAGAAGGGCGUAACAAAUUUCUCACUUAUCCAUCUUAACAUCGGUUCUGGUCGACUUGAAAUAACCAGAAUCACUCCGAUCACCGUUUUCAAGGUUCCCACCGCCAUCAAAUCCACUUCAUUUAGUCUCAUCAUACCAGAUCCAGGACACUCUGCAUUUAUUGUAAUGCCGAACGCAGUCAUUGUCGUUUCACUGGAGAAGGUGGUGAGCGCGCCUCGCGACAAUGUUGUGAAUAACGUCUAUCAGGACAUCGUGUACUUUCAGUACAAUCUUGGAGCCGAAAUCGUUGCCUCCGCUGCCGAGCAUUGCAAUCAUGCUGAGAAAGGGGGUACUUCGGGGCUUCUGCUCUUUACCAAAUCUGCCGGUGCUAUUCGCAUGGUGGCCAAGGAACCACCUACAGAGGCGAGCAAACAAACUAUCAGUCCGAAAUCCAAGAUUGAGCAAGAGGUGUUCUUCGGAAAGAAUGCCCAGCCGAUACUUGAUUUUAGCCAGGGUGGGAGCUUCAACUUUGAACAAAAGGAUGUUGAACGUGCAGCACUUGAGUUGAGUCACGAAAUAUUGACUUCAAACAAUAGCAAUAUACCCACGGCAGAGUCAAGCACGGAAAACCAGAUUCAUACACGUGUAGGACAGCUACAACGAUUAAUCUCUUUUGUGCUCAACAAAUACUCCCCCAUAUCGCGAGCUACGAAAUGGCGCUUGUUAUGGGAUGCGGAAAAGCUGGAGGCCGCCUCACAAUUGUGGAAAGUUUAUGAGAGGUGGUUGAGCGAUAAGGAGGGCGAUGAGAAGAUCUUGUUUCCACUUUGGGUCGCAGCUAUCAACGAGAAGUCCCGAGGUGAAGCAGAUCCUAAAAAAGGUGAAGUUGACGCAGUCAGAUAUUGGUUCGAACAUGACGUGGAUCGAAUUAGCAAAAUCUUGGUUACGAUGGAGAGUGUCAUUCUGAAUGAACAUGCACUACAGAAGGGCAAGUGGAACUUGCUAGUGCAGUUCAUCUCAGAGGCCCAAGAUGUUAUCAAGACCUUGCUGCACACUGCAUACGACUUUCGACAGCACAAGUUGAGCAUGUAUGGCCUUCAGGAUGAAGUGGUUGAGGAUGGCGUGCUACGUGACAUAGAAGCUUAUCACGAACUUCCCGAGCCGUGGACCGCGGAGAAAAAUAUAUGCACUCACCUGGGAGGCUACGUUGCCCAGACCAACAAACUACUUGUUGAUUUGAGCGAAGAGGCACAAGACAAGGCUUCCGGAAUCAACACCGCAUUACUGUCAAAUCUUCGCAAGCACCAGCACUACCUUGUUUUUCUCACUUGCUUGACCCACUCUGAGCGCGCACUCUGGCUCCAGUCUCGAGCUGAUGAAGAUGAACGUGCAAAUGGCAUAAGGCUACAAUAUGCAUUUGAAAAUACGAUACGACCAGAAAUGCUGCUUGGUCUGGCAGAACUAGGUCGUGGAUUUGAUGGCAUGAGCAUCGCAGAGAAGCUGCACGAUAUGGACGGCCUAGUGCAACUUUGUGUGGCGGAGAUUGAGUACCUGAGUGAUCCGGAUGAGUUGGGAAAAGAAAGUCAGCAGGAACGUGCACUCAAAGAGAGAAAGAAGAAAGAGAUGUAUGAAAGACUCGAGAAGUACUUCAAUACGUAUGGUGAAAAAUUCGCACAUGCUUUUUUCACCGCGCAAAUCAAUAAUGGACGGCUGGCGGACCUUCUGCAACGGGACUUUGGGAAGCAGAAAGAGCUUACAAUGUUUUUACGUUCACGACCAGAGUACGGGAAGUUGGCGUGGAUCAACGAAGUUACAAAUGAAGAAAAUUUUCUGGGCGCGGGUGAAGCUCUCUUGAAGGUUGCUCAUGAACGGGAGCCGAAUAUUUGGGCUAAAACUGCGGAAGUCUCAUUGGCGAAGCUAGCUUAUAUGGCUGCACAGAGUCGCAGCGACAAGUCGACCCUGGAUGGCGACGACUACGCAGUUUCAUUUUGGGAUCGUUUGGAGAGGGAACGAAUCCUCAAUAGUGCUCAAACCGCACUCUUCAAUCACGUACAUCCGCAGCUUAAACUCGGUAUCGAUGAGAAGGCUUCAGUCGAUAUGGCUAUGGAAUCUUUCGGUAAGCAUGCGAUUCAUGACCGUCCUGCCAACGAGGAGCUUCUUCGACAAGGGUUUAGCGACCUCAAUCAACAGAAGGUUCUCAGCCCGGAAAUGCUCAUCGAUGUUCUUACAUUGAUGGACAGCGUCGAGUCUCCUGAGCCAGCAAAAAGUAUACAUGGCAGGGAGUUCUUAUGGGCUUGUAAGGUAUUGCAUGCAAGUGGAUACUGCGAGGGUAGAGACACAGCAAAGGGCGAAAUGUUGAGGGGCCUCAUUUGGAAGAGGUUGUUUGUGAGGGACGAUUGGAUGAAAGUGCACGCAACCAAAGGGAAGAGGGAUAAGGAGGUGAUAGAAGGCCUUGGUGAGACCCUAUUGUUUCAGACGUUAAGGAAUGGGGCAUUGGAAGAUAUUUGGGAAUCUGCUCCAGCCUACACAAUUCCAGCGCCGGCCGAUGUAGUGGGUGCCGGCGCAAAAUGGGAGUCUCUAGGAUGGCGGUUUCCUAGCAGAGAUCUUGCCGAGCCCAUAGCGAAAGAUAGUGCUGCGGAUGACGAGGUUCUCAACGACUACAUCUCCCGCUGUCGUAUGGCAUCUCAUUUUGAAGGCUGCAAGGAGCUUGCUGAUCGUGCAAUCGAAGAAGCAAAUCUGGAGAAAGAGAGAAAGGAGCAGGCGAAAAGAGAGAUUGCAGAAAUGAUGGUAGCGCGGGAACAAGAGGCUCUGGGUCGAGGAAGAGGAUUAGUGGGUACAAUGAGCAUUGAUGACGAACUGUAUUCAGCAGAAGACGGACUCGCGGAUGACGAGGAGGUCCUCACGCAGGAGCAGAUUGAUGCUGCAGGAAUAGGGGUGGAUGAUUGAUGUAACUAUUUCGAAGAAGUCUGAGCGGCUAUUUUGCUUCUCGAUCGCUUUCGUAAUGAGACUGUGCCAAUUAAAUCACGUUGGAUUUGUUGUAUAGAAGUCGACUUCGGCGCAGCAUGUAGACGGCCGGUCAAGCUAACAUGGC